AUGCAGCGACCAAUCAACAAUCCUUCGAUGAGAAAUGGAGUGCCAACUGUUAGUAACAUCGCGGUGGCCAAUUCUUAUGGACACAAGCAUAUCCCCGUGUUUGAUCCUUGCUUCAACAUGGCUCCACCUGUCUUCCAGCCUAACUCCUGCUUCAUGAGUGCCUCAUACCUCAGAAAGAUAUGCCCUCCUACACCACCGCAACGGAUACGAUACGACCCUUGCUUUAACUGA